UCCUCUCGAGGCAGCUCCCUGCCUGAGUCCCCCCCCCCCUCUGUUCAUCCUCCCACGCUGAGCUUUCUUCCUUCCCUGUCCGAGCGCUCUCCUCUUCCCUCCACGUUCCCUGUCCAACUUAACCCCCCGCCCCAGUCUCUCUCCGUCUCCCAUCCGCCCGUCCACUCUCCCGCCCACGUCCCUCUAACCCCCCCACCAUUAUCUUAGCUGCAGGGAAAAGCCCCGAGCAGGAAGCCGAGGCGUGUGUCGCGGCGUUUCCCGUGGCCCGCACCCCUCCUCGGGCCCGGGGACCCAGGGACCCCGGACCCCGGGGCCACACCCUGCCGCCUUCCGGCCAUGGGAGUCCGGCCCGGCGCCUCACGGCCCGGAGGCGCACGCUUCCUCCUCACCAGCCCCGCACUGUCCCGGCCGCCCUCGCUUGGCCGUUCACUGCUGCCGAGCAGGACUUGAGAGAGCGAGGCAGGGAGAGGGGGGGGGCAGCAGGGAGCGAGCGAGGCAGGGAGAGAGAGAGGCCGCUCGGCCCCGUCGGCCUCGCCCAGCCGCGCAGCCGGGACGCGGCCACCGCCCGUCCCCAAAAUAAACCAGAGCAGGGACGGGAGACUCGUCGCGACCAGGAGGAGGAGGAGGAGGCCAGCAGCGGUCCCCCGCACACACCCGGCGAGGCGAAGAGGGCCGGGCCGUCCCUGCCGUCCCCGCUCGCUUGAUGCGCCCCCGGCCCGGGGUCGAGCCGAGCCGCGCCUCCCGGGCGACCCAGCGCCGCCGCCGUCUCCUCGUCCUCCUCGGCCACCCCCAGAACGACGCCGCCGCCGCUUUAUGGAAGGAUGAUGGAGCCGGCGCGGAGGCGGCGAGCGGGGCGCGGCGAGCAAGGCGAGAGAGGCCGGCAUGGCUAGCGCCGGCGGAGGGCCAGGGCAGACGUGCGGUAGCGGAGGUUGCGGUCCGAGGCGCGUCGGCGAAGCUGCCGCUGCUGCCGCUGCUGCUGCUGCCGGCGGCGGCGGUGCCCGCGGCGGGGCCGCGACCCCCGGCGCGGAGCUGCGCAGGCUGGCGGCGGCGAGCGAGGCGAGUCGGGCUCGCAUGCAGCUGGCGGCCGAGCUGCUGCUGCUGUCCGGCGAGGCGCGGCCCGUGUCGUGGUCGGGGGCCGCCGCCUCGGCCGUGGCCUCGGCCGACUCGUCCUUCGCCAAGUGUCGGGACGCGGUGAUCGCCCGCAGCAAGGGCCUCCUCAUCGCCGCCCUGGACGCGCAGAACCAGGCGGGCGCGGGGCGGCCGGGCGAGGCGGCCGAGAGCGCGGCCCGUCUCGGGGAACUGGUGGUGGCGCUCACCGAGUGCGCGGCCGAGGCUGCCUACCGGGCCGGGCUGGCGGCCCCGGGCUCCAGUCCCGCGCGGCCGGGCCUGGCGGACGCGUACCGCGUUGCCCGCUCCCAACACGAGGUGGAGGCGGCGUGCGCCCGGCUCCGACACGGACCCCUGGAGGACCUCACCCCGCAGGUUCUGCUCGACAUCUCGGCCGGCGUCUCCCGGCACCUGCGCCUGCUUACGGACGCGUGCGGCGCCGAGGAGACGGGGCCCGAGGGUGACCCCGCCGCGGACCCGCCACCGGAUCCCUUCGCGCGGGAGCAGUUCAAGCUCGGCGUGCGCAGCGCGGGCGCCUGUGCCUCGGCGCUGCUGGCAGGGAUCCGAGCCCUCAAGGCGGCCCCCGGCGAAGCCACGCGGGCCCGGGCGCUGCUGUUCGCGGCGCCGCUCGUCCACGCCGUGCGCGCCCUCGCGGGGCUGGCGAGCGAGCCGCGCUGCCGAGGCCGCGCCGCGACGCUGGGGCCCGAGGGCCGCGCCGCGCACACGGCUAUCGCGGGCGGGGCCAUGAGCGUGGUGUCGGCGUGCGUGCUGGUGGUCGAGUGUCUCGGGGACAACGCGCAGCUGCAGAUGCAGCAGCUGCAGCAGCAGCAGCAGCAGCAGAGGCGUCACGGCCAAGCGGGGCCUGCGGACGCGCGCAGGGUGGCCGCCGCGCUCGGGGAGAGGCUGCGGCAGGCCGUGCGCGCCGCCUCGGACGGAUGCGAGAUGCUGUCCCACGCCCUGAGGGAGCGCGCCUCUCCACGAGCCAUCGCCCCGGCCAUGCAGUCCCUGGCGCUCAGCUGAUAAGCAGCCCCCCCCGCACCGCGCGAGACUCUCACCUGCGUGCUUAAGCGCUCAUCAGCCGAUACCUCCACGCACACCAUCAUACAUCCUCAGCCAUCCACUCGCUACCACACUGCAUCCUAACCUAUUCGCCAGCCUACAUUCUCAACAGGUUACCAUCCUCACUCUCCCUCUCAACAGCUUUCUCAACGGCUCAUACGUAACACAACUCGCCAACAUAUAUCUUCACUCGCCCACUCACCCAUCUUAUAUCCUAAGCCACUCAACAGCCAGUAUCACCACCAGCCACUACCAUCAACCUUGCAUCCUCACCCACUCAUCACCCCCAACCUCGCGAUCACCGAACAGAUCUGUGAAAUUUGUGAACCUGGGAACAAACCUCUACCCCAAGCUCAGGGGUAACGGCGUCUCCCGCUCCGGGAGUUUCCGGCACUCAGUCCUGCCGGGUAAUGCUGCUGCUGAUGGUGGUGGUGACGGUAAUAAUGAUGAUGCGCUGUGUUUUUGAGACGACUGUUGGAAGGUGUCGGUGCGUGCACACGUUGUGAGGUUAUGAAUGCUCCGUGUUGAAUUUAAAUGCCCGCGUCGCUGUGAAGCAGAAAUUGCGAUCUCGGGUCGAGGAAAUUCCUGAUUGUGACUGUAACCGCGUUAACGUAUGGAACCCAGCCCUAUCUUAGCCUUAAUACAGCACCAAACUAACCCUAUCCCAGCCUUAAUAUAAUACCAAACUGACCCUAACCCAGCCUUAACCCUAACCCAGCUCUCGCCCUAAAUCAGCCCUAGCCCAGCCUUAAUACAGCGCCAUACUAACCCUAACCCUGCCUAAACCCUAGCCCAGCUAUAACCCAGCCUGCUGAAUAUGCAUCUAACCCAGCUAUAACCUGGUCCUAACCCGGACCUAUCUCUAACCAGAUCCCCUCCGAUGACCCUGGCCAAAGGCCCAAUUCCAAGACAAAUCCUUACCCUUGUUCCCAUUUUUAGCUGAAGCCCUAUACCUAACGUCACACAAACAUCCUGAGUGGACGGACUUGGAGCAACCAGUCACUAACCACAGUGCUUUCCCAAGCCCCAACACAGUCAUAACCCCUUAAUACUGAUCCCAACCCAAACCCUACCUCAGGGCAUCUUAACUCCAGUCCUUGCGACCAACAAAUCAAUGCACCCCACAAAAAAAUGUAAUAAUUACAUGCUGCAUGCCCCCGAUGGUUGCUAAAGAUGUCGCAUGAGCAAUUAUCAGGCGCACGCAGUGUGUUAAUGAUGUGUCUGGACGGGAUAUUGGUGAACGUUUCAAGGCAGAGCCUGGUAGGGGGCCUUUAGAGCUUGGGGAACUUCCGGAUCCACGUCAGUGCCUUUAACUUGGACCCAAAGUUAUGGCCUCUAGUGGCUGCAUUAACUCUUGAGGGUGGUGGGGGAGAUUAGUGGGAUGAAUUGGCGAGCAUCGAUUCAUUGACUCCAGCACCGCAACUGACCCUCGCGCCCGUGAUUCACACGUAGAAUCAAGCUCGCAUUAGACGCGAUUACCCAAUCCGAUUCGUGCCGUGCGAUGAGAGGAGCACAGAUUAGCAUGGGAACAGGCGAGCCCACCGAGCAUAUGCAUCAUUCAUGCCACAUCCUGAGGCUGGGAAUCGAACGCGUCUAAUGUCAGUGGCAAAGUGAUACAUGAAGCGAUGCACUGACCUGCGUGGUGAAGUAUAGUCAUAUAAACCUCAACGGCAUGACGUUCAUUGACGGGCUGUCGUUUUUGAAAAAUUUACCUUGUUUUGCAAGUGAAGCGAAGGAGACUUUACUCACGAGACAACGAUUCAAACAAGACCAAUCUACAUCGGCUCAGGUGGGAUCAAGCCCUUGAGUCGUGGCGGCUGAGUGAAUCACUGGAGUUGUGAAUCCUUGCUCGCUCGGCACGAUGCGGUGGUGGGGACUGGCCCGGGCGUUGUGUGCCCCCCCCCCCCACCAUUCGGUUUGAGUGCCGCUGCCACAUGCGAGUGAUUGUGUCCCCCCCCCAUCCCCACUUGAUCAACUCUGAGACUUACAAACUCCCCUACGGGGUAAUGGCCGAACCUUACAGGUUCGUUUUUCGGAUCAAGUGAGAAGUGCAAGGACCCUGGAUCACAAAAUUCUGCCCUCCGCUCCUUGUACUGCAAACACCAAUGGGUGGGGUCACUGGGAGGAGUGGGGGGCAUGUCCAGUGCUCCAUUGCGGAAUGUGAACCUUGCCUUUGGUACCCCCCUCCCCCCCCCCCACAAAGGCCAAGGCAACUUUGCCAGGCCUUCCUCCGCCUCCUCUGGUCAUCUGACCUUGCUGUUCCCGUCCCUCCCCGGUCUGCUUCGUGGGUUCCUCCUAAUGGAUAGCAGUGCCGCCCCCCCCCCCCCUCAGCUGUGGCUAGCGAGGUUCAAGGUCACGCCCUUGGCGCUACCCCUCCUCGCCAUCGCUUCUGCCAUGUCCCACAGCAGAGGUACACUCGACACUGGAGUGAGGCCCCCAUUGUCAUCCCUCGAAUGGGGUUAUACGUUGAGGCUGGGAUUAGGGGUUCUCCCCACACACCCCCUCCUUAUUAGACGUUGCCCCUUUCUCCUUAUGACCCCCCCCCCCCCCUUUACUGGGUCCUCGAGUCAGAACUUGGUCUGCACUGACCCGUCCCAUCCGGCCUGGGCCCCCUCUGUGGCCCCCUCUGACCCCCAGAAUGCCCUUCGUGGGGCAUUCUGGGGGUCCGCCGUCAUUUUACUGUGAAGAUAACGAGCGGCAACCACAUGCGCUGCAACAUCGCCGAUUCGUAUCGGCUGCUGCAGCUCACGAUACGCGCAUCGCCCCACCCGUGUGUAUCGAUCGAUUUGUUUCGUGGUGAGGCCAUGUGACCCCUGCAGCCACGGAAGUGGCCGCGACAAUCCACGAUUUAUUAGCAAUUGAUCCUCUAAUCUAAACCCUGAAUGGUGAGGAUGAGUCGAGUCGUGCGGCAGGUGACGCGGUGUCUGUGGCUGCGCGCCAACGUUGAUGAUGUCUAAACGCCGCGGGUGUGAGGAGCGGCCCCGCCGGCGUGAGACUUUGAAGUGACUUUCAGGAGAGCGCUCCAGUGACGUCACGCUCAGGGUUCCACGUGCCGAACGAGUCGUGCGUGUGAGAGUCUGUUCCAUUCCGAUAUAUGCAAACCUUAUGCAGAUUGUAUGCUAACCUUGCACCGGGCUAAUGGGCAGAACAAAGCCGUGCGGUGUGAGACUGAGAACAACAACUGGGCAGCGCUCGGAGCAAGAUGCUCAAAAACGAGACCACGUGGAUGGCCGACUGAAUCGGGAGCACGACCUCGGGCUGCCGCCCUCACGGGCCGUUCAACUUCGUCCAACUUCGUCCGUACGGAAAGAAAAUCAACUUUGAAGUGACUUUUGUGUGAGCAGAGGGGAACAUCGCGGAGUCCACUGUGGUUGACGACGUUUACUGUGUGCGCCUGAAAGUCACGCGAGAGUGGUUUGUGUGGGGCCUAGGUCGCGCCGUGUGGAGUCGGCUCUCAAUACUGAUGAUGAUGCACACGAGUCUACACAUCGUGUUUAGAUCAUGAAUCGUUCUGUAUUUAUUUGUCAUUAAAUGCUUUGGCAGUUGAA